AUGGCCACCGACCACCUGCAGAGUUCGCUGGAAACCUUGCUCCAAACCCCGGCCAUUACAAAUCUUCACCAUCCAUGGCCUAUGGCCAAGAAAGUGUACCCUCAAUUGCGGUCCAAACUGAAGAGGUCUUGGCCCAACGUGGAAAGUGGCAAUGAUACAAAAUUUUGGGAAGGCGAAUGGAACAAACAUGGUACAUGUUCCGAACAGACACUUAACCAAAUGCAGUACUUCGAGCGAUCCCAUGCAAUGUGGUACUCGCACAAUAUUACAAAUAUCCUUAAGAGCGCUUCAAUCGUACCACAUCCGACACAGACAUGGAAGUAUUCGGACAUAGUAUCAGCUAUUAAAACAGACACUCAAAGAACACCCCUCCUUCGUUGCAAACGUGAUCCAGCACAGCCGAACUCUCAGUUUUUACAUGAAGUGGUAUUGUGUUAUGAAUAUGAUGCGUUAAAGCUGAUUGACUGUAAUCGAACAACAGGAUGCUGGAAUAACGUUGACAUUAAGUUUCAAUAA